AUGAAUCCCAGAACUCUCCUCAGCCUCACCAUCAGCCUUAGCCUGAUUCUAUCCACAACAGCCAUGCCCCAUAUCAAGCGCAGUGCGACAUGCACUGUCGGCAUCGAAUACGACAGUACCGAUAUCCCCUGCGGCGACCCUAUGUCCGGCGCGGGAGCCAGCACACCCAUCAACAGCCUCUCAGGCUUCUUCGGCGACGAAGACGGCAAUGAUAGAUAUUGGCUCGUUUACCAGGACGGGGAUUGUUGGUAUAUCCGCACUGAGGAUUCUAUGGCUAGCGAUUGCAUCGCUACGUACGGGGCUACGACCUUUGAUAGCAAGAAGGUCAAUGACUCGAUCUGUCAUACGUAUAGUGGUGGUGCGGCUUUUACGGCAGACUAUGGGUUUGCCUUGUCUGUGAUCUCUGUCUGGGCCGCGGGAGGGGAGCGAGGGGACGAUCGGGCCGGAAUUCUCGCGUGCUUUGAUUCCGUCGCGCGUUCUGUCAUCACGAGCCCAUUGUCGCGUCUUGUCCUGCACUGCGCCCUCACUGACAUCUGCCCUCCCCGAUCUAGAUCCCCUCCAAAUUCCAAGCGCAUCAAGACCUCCGCCGCCACCAGCGCUCCUCCACAUCUCCUCGCCCAACAACAACAGAUCCAUCCCUUCCAGCGCAUGCCCACCUUUGAAGGCAUCCCCAUCCCGAACGCUCCUCUUCCCCCUCAGACAAAUCCACCUCAGUCGCGCAAACGUCAAUCCUCCCCUGGCACCGGUCCUUCCACGAUGAUGGCCACUCCCAUGACUCCCGCGGGCGGCGCGAUGGAGGGCGACCCUAACGCCAUUCCCGUCGCGGUGGAGUCCACGCCCAAGAAGAAGGGACGAACCAACACCCCAUGGACCGCAGAGGAAGAACAGAGACUAAAGACCAUGCGCGAUGCGGGCCGGAGCUGGAAUGAGAUCGCAAAGACCUUUCCUACUCGAACUGAAGGGAGCGUGAAGAAACACUGGUACAAGGACAUGCAUUACGCCGAGUUUGCGGAAGAUGAGUCCAUAAAGCUCCGCGAAGCCAUCAAGGAAUACGAGGCCAACAAGUGGAAGGUCAUUGGUCAGAAAGUUGGCAAGCCAGCGAAGGCCUGCGAACAAUAUGCCAAGGAGCAUUUCAAGAACCUCUGA